AGUAUGAUAAAGCGAAAGCCGAAACACAACACAAAACCGUAUGUAUCCAAAGAGAGCCGCAUGACAUACGCGCUAUAUGUCUGUAUUACUUCAUUUAUUGUUUAGAUUGCUGAGCGUUAGGGAAGGCAUCAGUUCAGUUUACAUUGUGCGAAUCAGUGUGAGAGAAAAAGUGAGAGAAAAAAGAACUACUACGCUGUUACGAUGAAAAAUUCAUUUGAUUGAAUUAAUUUGAUUGUAAUUUCAAAUUCGACCAAUUUGUAAUUGAAUGUGAUUCAUCAGGUGUGCCGUUGCUGUUCGAGUGAACACUGAACAUUCUAAUAAAUUCAUGACAAUUGUGCUUUAGUUUGGGCAUUCGUUUUAAGCGUGUUCCGUGUGUAUGUGCAUAAGAGCAUAGAGAAAGGGUGAUGUUUUUUUCUCCUCUCUAAAAAGACGAUAUCUGACAGUAUUGUAUGUAGCGUGUUUCACGGCUACUGUGGAAAGUUUCUAGAAAAUUCGAUUUGAUCAAUGAAAAAUAUUUGACUGCGAAGGAAAUUUGUGAUAAACUGAUAACCUUAACUUGUUUCGACGAUCCAAAAAAAAAAAUGGAACACAGUCUGUUCAUGUGAAAUGAAAAAAAAAACAAGAGAAACAUUGAAGGCGAACAUUUUUUUUCAUUAUAGCGUUCAAAUAACGCGACGUGUAUUUUAUUAAAUAUAGAAAGACGAAUAGACACACAAAAAACAUAGUGACAAAGUUGAAAACAAAAAAAAACUAAAAUAAUGUAUACCAUAUCGCCGGCCUUCCUAACAUUCGUCGGAGUAGUAUUUUGCAUUCUAUUUCGGAAUUUCGUCAAUUGUCAACCAAUCAAACCAUAUAUAGCAUGUUUUGAUGAAUCAUUUCUUGACUGUAUCUUCAAGUAUGCCCCAAUCCUUCGCGAUCCAUAUGUUCCGACAUUGUGGGGCUAUUCGGGACAUUUGCAAACAGUAUUCCAUAGUAUAGUUGGUCGUGUCAAAUGCCCAUGGCCAUCCGGUGAACGAAUAUACAUGACGUUAGACGAUAAUUCAACACUCACAUAUGACCUGUAUCAACCAUUGAACGAACCAAAUGAUGAUGUGACGGUAGCUAUAUGCCCUGGAAUUGGUAAUUCGUCGGAAACAGUAUACAUACGGACGUUUGUUCAUUUGGCUCAAUCGAUGGGAUAUCGAUGUGCCGUACUCAAUCAUAUUGGCGCACUGCCAUCCGUUGAAGUAACGUCUAGUCGGAUAUUUUCAUACGGCCACACCGGAGAUUAUCAAGCAAUGGUUAAGCAUUUGGAACAAACGCAUCCAUCGACAUACAUCGUUGCGGUUGGCUUUAGUCUUGGUGGUAACAUAGUCACCAAGUAUAUGGGCGAACAAGAAGGAACAAUGCCACGAAAUGUAAUAGGCGGCAUAUCAAUAUGUCAAGGAUAUAAUGCUGUCGAAGGUACGCAGUUCCUGUUAAAUUGGGAGAAUUUCCGACGCUUGUAUUUGUAUGUGAUGACGGAAAAUAUGAAGCAAAUCAUACGCAAGCAUAAGCAUGUUUUAUUAUCCGAGGAUGUGAAGAAGAAGCACGGCAUCAACGAAUCCGAUAUUUCAUAUGCAUUAACACUGCCCGCUCUGGAUGAAGUUUACACACGUAAAAUUCACAACUUUCCAUCGGUCAACGAUUUAUACCAAUGGAGCUCAUCGCUUAAUUACUUACAGUACAUUAAGAAACCCAUGGUGUUCAUUAACUCAAAAGAUGAUCCGCUUAUUCCAGAAUCGUUGCUUGAACCCAUCAAAAAGCAUGCAAGUAAACACCCCAAUACUCUGUAUGUUGAGGUAGCCCACGGUGGCCAUUUGGGCUUCUAUGAAGGUGGUCACAUUUUUCCAAAUCCGAUCACUUGGCUAGACCGAGCUACAAUUGCCAUCAUCGGUGGCAUUGUACUAUCCAACAAAAAUCGAUUAAUGCACAAAGUUGAAAUCGAUUAAGGGGGGUUCGCAUUCGACCACGUUCGUUUGAAACGACGCAGAGUUCUUUUUUAAAAAUACAAAUUAUAAAAUAUGACAUCGUUUGGAUUCCAACAUAUUUGUCUAACACUGUCAAACCAAAAUACGAGUAUAAAAGCCAAAUAAAAAGCCCACGCAUUUUAUGAACCAUCAUCGAACAACAGAAGAAGAAGAAAACAGAUACGGAAAACAUCAAAACACACAUUGUUCGAGACAUCUCAUAUUCAUAAAUGUGUAUUCGCCGCCAUUCCCAUCUGUCGCUCCGUUUAUUUCGUCCAACAAAUUGUAAUUUCCAUUUGAUUUUAGCGCUCAAAUCUAGAUGAGAGCUGCAUCGUGGUUUUACUUAAUGUCUUAUUUUCGGUGCAAGAGAUAUUAAAUAAUGACAGCACUUAUUUAUUCUAAAGAAAACAUCAUGAUACAAAAACAAACGAAAAACUAUAUCAAGUGAUUUUUUUUGAUGCGUUAAGUGAAUGAAUUUUAAUUCGAUUGAUAACGAAAAAAUAAAAAAAUAAACAUAAAUUACACAAAUGCUUAAUUUAUAAGUUUUACAGGCAGGAUUGAGAUUUAAGAUUUAGCGUGAAUAUAAUUUUUAAUAUUGAUGUACGCUUACAUUCGUUCGUUUUAUUUGUUUUGAGUAAUGAAUAAAACACACACAAAAACUAAAGUGUAAUUAGUUUCAAGAAGAAAAGGGGAAAAAAUUGAUCAACCACAUUAAACCACAUGACACCAUCGUUGCUCCGCCUCAGUGUGUUCACAUCGGACACACACAUUCAUCUAUAAUUCUAUAUUUAAAUAUAUAAAUAGCAGUUUACUAAGAGAGGCUCAAUUUUUUUUUCCAUUUUUACACAGGGAUUUAGUUCUCCUUUAGAUAUUAUUUCGUACGAAUAUAUAUAUAGUUUCCUUUGGGAAUGACAUUCAACAUCCAAACUAAAUUGCUUUUUUUUUUAAAACAUUCCCAACUGUACACACAAACGGAAUUAAAACAAACAUACACAUACAGUUGCAUUUAGGUAAAUUUAAUUGUUAAAUUAUUCGAAAGAAAAAUAAUCAAAUGAAACGAAAGAAAAUAAAAAAAAACAGUAAAAUCAAA